AUGUCAUCACAAGUUACUCCUAUUAUUACAUCAACUGCAACAGCAACAGCAGUAGCACCUACAACAACCAAAUACAUUGGAAAGUACUUUGGUCAGAAACAACCAAGAGAACAACAACAACAACAAGAUGAUGAGACCACUGUAACAACAACUGAAAAGGUUAAAGAGUUGAUCGCACAACAGAUUAACUACUACUUUAGUAUAGAUAAUCUAUGUAGAGAUGUAUAUUUAAGAUGCCAUAUGGACAAUGAUGGUUGGGUAGCACUACCAUUCAUUAUGCGCUUCGAUCGGAUGAAGUUCUAUGACGGCAAGGACGUCAUUGGUGCUCUGGAUGGCUCAGACCUCGUAGAGUUCAACAAAGACAAGACGCACAUCAGAUUGAUCAGUGAGACAUCACGUACAAUGUGGAUAUUGAACGAGGACAUGAAGAAGGGUUUCCAGAAUGCCAACAACCCUGAAUCAUCGUCGUCGUCGUCAAAGUCGUCGUUAUCAGAGAGUGGUGGUGAAUGGGUAACAGUCACAUCAAAGAAGCAUGGUCUACCUCUAAAGAAGGACAAUACAAUGGCAGCAGCUACAGCAACAGCAGAGACAGAGUCAUCAAACAACAACAACAACAACAAAUCAAUCAACUCAGCGUUUGAACAAGAGGAACCAAUGUUUGAGAUUGAUGAAGAGUUGGAAGAGUUGACCAAACAACAACAGGACUUUUUCAACAAGGAGAGGAGAGACUUUGAGACAAGAGUAGUUGUUUCAGAGGACGACGAGUCAUCUGAAGAGCAAGAAGAAGGACAGCAACAACAAGGAGUACAACAUGUCUACUUUGAGGAGGAGGAGGAGGACCAAUAUGAUGAGGACGAGGAUGAUGAUGAUGAUGCAAUGGAAGAGUUAUUUAGCAAACUCAUCAUUGUUACACAAUCACCAUACAAGAAGAAAGGAAAGUCAAACAAUAGGAAAGGAUUCUCCAAUGAGAUGGCAUCAAUCAUCAAUGAUGGUCUAUACUUUUACGAGCAAGACUUGAAGAAGAAGAAGGUCACUCAACAGAACAACUAUGCAACAGUCACUGUAGCCCCACAACCAACCAUCAAGAAGGCCACUCAAUCAAAGACCAACACAACAACAACAACAACAACUACUACUGUUCCACCAACAACACCAACAAUGACAAGGACUAAAGAACAAUCAGCACCAACACGUCUAUACUCACCAAAGGUAAAGAAUGAGGGACCUGCCAUUGGUUGGAUCAUGGGACCAAUGGGUGACCCAUGGACACCAAGUCCAAGCGAGCCAUAUCUCCUAAGCAAUGGUCCAUUGCCCAAACGUCUGUCGAGCACACCAGACGCCGAGGAGAUCCCCUACUUCCAACAUCCAUCACACGAGCUACUACAAGAGAAUGGAUUCAUCCAGCACAAGUACGACAAGUUCCGCUCCAAGUGCCUAAAGGAGCGCAAGAAACUCGGCGUUGGCCUGUCAACCGAGAUGAACACAUUGUUCCGCUUCUGGUCGCACUUUUUGCGCGAUCACUUCAACACCAAGAUCUUCCUCGAGUUCAAGACCGUGGCUCUGGAGGACGCCAAGUACAACUUCCGCUACGGACUCGAGUGUAUAUUCAGGUUCUUGAGCUAUGGCCUCGAGAAGAGAUAUCGCGCCGACCUCUAUCAAGACUUCCAGGAGCUCGUGCUACAGGACUACAAGGACGGCUACGUCUAUGGACUCGAGAAGUUCUGGGCCUACCUCAAGUAUCGCAAGGAUAGGACCAAGCUAGAGAUCAUGCCAGAGAUCCAACAGUUGCUAAACAAGUUUAGAUCAAUUGAGGAUUUCCGUGCUCAUGAGAAGUUAAUGAAGCAGCAGCAGCAGUCACAGACUCCAGCACCACAACAACACCACACAACACACUAUCAUCAUCAACAACAUAAUCAUCAUCGUCAAUCAUCCUCCUCCUCCUCCAAUCAAUCCAAUCAGUCUACCAGCCAGUCAGCACCGGUCGCCUCCAGCUCUAGCCAGAGAAGGAUGUCGUAUCGCAGCGGCAGCAGCAGCGGCAAAAAGAACACAUCGUCGUCAUCAUCGACUUGGACACCCAAACAGCAACAGCAGCAAUACUCUGGUGGUGCUUCCGAGUCGUAUCUCAAGAAUGGCCAUCAUCAUUAA